GUUGUUGCGGCACUCUGAAGAUAUAGUACUAGGAGGAGAAGGGGGUGCUUAGAGAGUGUAGAGAGAGAACAAAAGUAAACAAAGAAAGAAAGAAAGAAAGAAAUGAAGUAGAUGUUGAUGGGAUCGCACCAGCAACGACUACAGCGACGACAUCAGCAGCAGCAAAAUCCCAACCAUCACUAACUGAACCCCCAAAUUACAUCAAUUAGAGUGAGACAUCAUCCCCCAAACCCCCCAUUUUCCUCUUUGCUCUUCCUCAUCUCAUCUCAUCCCUUCGCAUCUGUGUUUGUUGUGCUACUGCUACUAUUCAUAUUCCAUCAACCAUCCCAUUCUACUCCCAUCUCAUGUCUCCAGAUCUGUAUUUCCCUCAGGUUUCACCCUUCUCCUUCCUCUAAUUGCUACUAUUUCAGGUUCAAGCGUGAAGAGGGACCAAUUGCAAGGGCUUGUCCUACAUGAUGUGCAUUACUGUGAAUAGGAAGUUCACAAAAUAUUUUGGGACUCAAAUUGCAAGAAAGAAAGUUUUUGCUUCAUGACAUUCAUCGUGCAUUUUGAGAUUUUUUCUCAAUUAGUGAUCUGCCCUCUUAUUUGGUUCAUGCUACUGAGAUAUGGAUAGCCAUCCAUUUUCUUCUUUGGAUAAUGAGGGAAAGCAGCUUCUGUUGCCACGUAAUGAUUGGUGCAUGAUUUCAGAGCCACACAUAACAGCUGCUACAGAACUUGUGCUUCAUUAGUGCAUGAUAAGAACUCGGGAUGGGUUCUAGAUUUCCAUCUCAUCAGCUGAGCAAUGGCUUGUAUGUAUCUGGCCGGCCUGAGCAGCCGAAAGAGCGGACACCAACCAUGAGCUCUGUGGCCAUGCCAUACACUGGUGGUGAUAUCAAGAAGUCUGGAGAGCUUGGAAAGAUGUUUGAUAUUCCUGUUGAUGGCUCUAAGUCACGGAAAUCUGGACCUGUAACCAAUGCUCCUUCAAGGACUGGAUCAUUUGCUGGAGCUGCCUCACAUUCAGGACCAAUCAAUCCUAAUACUGCUGCUAGAGCCAGCUAUUCCACCUCUGGUCCAGUAUCAUCUGCAGGAGCAUCUGGUUCAGCAUCAAUGAAGAAAUCAAAUUCUGGGCCUUUGAGUAAACAUGGGGAACCUAUAAAAAAAUCAUCUGGCCCACAAUCUGGUGGGGUCACCCCCCUUGCCCGCCAAAAUUCCGGUCCACUCGCUCCAGUUCUUCCUACAACAGGACUAAUUACUUCCGGUCCAAUCUCUUCUGGUCCGUUGAAUUCAUCUGGUGCCCCACGUAAGGUCUCUGGUCCUUUGGACUCAAUGGGGUCAGUCAAAGUACAUGGUCCUUCUGUUGCUAACAACCCAGCUGUGACUACUCUUAGUCAAGAAGAUGACUAUUCCUUCAAGAGGAAUUUUCCAAAGCCUAUCCUGUGGGCAAUGAUCUUGCUGUUCAUCAUGGGUUUCAUUGCUGGUGGCUUUAUCCUUGGAGCCGUGCACAAUGCUAUUUUGCUCAUUGUUGUUGUUGUUCUCUUCGCCAUUGUUGCGGCGUUAUUCCUUUGGAAUUCUUGUUGGGGGAAAAGAGCUAUAAUUGGUUUCAUUGCCAAUUAUCCUGAUGCCGAAUUGAGAACUGCAAAGAAUGGGCAAUAUGUCAAGGUUUCAGGGGUGGUGACUUGUGGAAAUGUACCCCUGGAAUCAUCCUUCCAAAAGGUGCCAAGAUGUGUCUAUACUUCUACAAGUUUAUAUGAGUAUCGAGGUUGGGACUCAAAAGCUGCAAAUCCUACCCAUCGUCGUUUUACGUGGGGGCUUAGGUCAUCAGAAAGGCACGUUGUUGACUUCUACAUCUCUGAUUUUCAGUCUGGUUUGAGAGCUUUAGUUAAGACAGGCUAUGGUGCUAGGGUGACUCCUUAUGUGCAGGAAUCUGUCGUUGUUGAAGUCAAUCCUUUGAACAAGGAGCUGUCUCCUGAUUUUAUCAGAUGGUUGGGGGAUAGGAAUCUUUCGAGCGAUAAUCGAGUGAUGCGGUUGAAGGAAGGGUACAUUAAAGAAGGGAGCACGGUGAGUGUGAUGGGAGUUGUGCAGAGAAACGAGAAUGUGCUGAUGAUAGUUCCGCCUCCAGAGCCGUUCACAACAGGAUGCCAGUGGAGCAAGUGUAUCUUUCCGGCAAGCUUAGAGGGUGUGGUGUUGAGCUGCGAAGACGCAUCAAAGAUAGAUGUGAUCCCAGUAUAAUUAAGUGGAUUUGGUUUCGUUUCUUAAUGACAUCGACUGGUUUUGGGUAAUUUGCUUUGUGAAGGUUUGUUGUCUUGCAAUAUAGGUAGUGGUUGUAGAGGAGUGCAAAAAUAUAGUGGUUGAUUGAGCUGUCGUUAGUUUGUGCAUGGUUUUUCUUCUCUCUGCUUUUUUUUUUUUAAUUGUUAAAUCCUUUGAGUAAGGGGGGUCUCAUUUUAUUAAUUUCUUAUACUAGCAUGAAAUGAAAGGUUUUGUACCGGAAUGGUUUAUAUAUAGUAGCAAUUGGAAAACUUGAUGCUGUAUA